GUCAGAGGCGCUGAAGGCCAUCGAGACCGCCUACGUGGAGGCCACCUGCAACGCCAACGCCGUGGGCCUGGUGAAGCUCAUGGGCCGGCAUUGCGGGUACCUGACGAUGAUGUCGGUGCUGGCUGCGCGCAAAGUGGACAUUUGCCUGCUUCCGGAGAUGGACAUCAACCUAGACAAGGUCUUGGAUCAUUGUGUGGAGCUGGUGAGCACCAGCGGCUACGCAGUCGUCGUUGUGGCUGAAGGGUGCGGCGAGACGAUGUUGCACAGCUCUGGAGCCAUGGAUGAAGGCGGCAACAAGAAGAUCAAUGAUGUGGGCCCCUGGUUGAAGGAUGCCAUCACCGACCACUUCAAGAAUUUGAAGCUGCCAAUCACGAUCAAGUACGUGGACCCCACCUACAUGGUCCGGGCGGUGCCUGCAAAUCCCAAUGACAGCAUCUACUGCUCUGAGCUGGCGCAGGCAGCGGUGCACGCCGCCAUGGCCGGGUACACGGGGCUCACGGUGGGGAAAGUGGACCAGCACGUGGUGUACCUGCCGAUCAAAAUGCUCACCAGCAUGCCCAGCCGCAUCGUGGACGUGAAUGGGCGCUGGUUCGAAGCUUUGCGCACCACCACCCAGCAGCCCAACCUGGAGUUCACGGGCAAGGCCACGGCCAAGCCGUUGGACCCCAGCAAGCCGGUGCUGCGGUCCCACCGGGGCCUCCGCAAACUCAACUCCAUCGGGGACGUCGACGCAGCGGACACGCUGCGCGUGCCCGAGACAAAGCUUCAGAUCCUGGACGGCUUCGGCAAUAUCAAAAAGGAGCGCCAGCUGGCGCGAGACGAUCUCAUCCAGGACAGCGUGCAUAUCCGGUCUUUGCAGUGCUUCCACCUGAGCGAGCGGUACGGGCAGUUCAACUUGCCCUCCACGCUGAAGGGCGUGCGUUUGUUCAGCGACAACUUCUCCUGGACCUCCCAGGCGAUGUUCCUGGGAGACCGUGUGGACUCGGGCAAGGGCGCCCCCUACUUCAAGAUGACCCGCGCGGGUCCCCGGGAGACGCUGCACUUCGACCCCCACGACCCGGCCUCUUCGGCGGCGAUCAUCAGCUGCGGCGGCAUCUGCCCCGGGCUGAACUGCGUCAUCCGGGAGGUCGUGAACACGCUGUGGGCCUACGGGGUGCGUCGGGUCUACGGCAUCAAGGGGGGCUACAAGGGGGUCAUGGAGCCUGAGACCUGGCUGGAGCUCACUCCCGAGAUUGUCAAGGACAUCCACACGGAGGGCGGCACGAUGCUCAUCAGCGACCGGGGCAACCCCCCCCACAUUGAGAUGGCCAAGAUGUUGCAGAGCAAGAACGUGCGCCAGUACUUUGUCUUAGGCGGGGACGGCACCCACAAGGGCGCCAUGGAGACCUUCAACGGAAUGAUGGAAAUCGACCACGAGUGCGCGGUGGUUGGAGUGCCCAAGACCAUUGACAAUGACGUGCCGAUGAUCGACCAGACCUUCGGCUUCGACACUGCCUGCACGGAGGCCGCCAAGGCGGUGAAUACCGCCUACGUGGAAGCCAAGGGCAACGCCAACUGCAUCGGCUUGGUGAAGCUCAUGGGCCGUCACUGCGGCUUCAUCGCGAUGAACGCGGCGCUGGCGGCCAGGACGGUAGACAUCUGCCUGAUCCCGGAGAUGGACAUCGACCUGGAGAAGGUCUUGAAGCAGGUGGAGCAGCUCAUGCGGACCAAGGGCCAUUGCGUGAUCGUGGUGGCGGAGGGCUGCGGCGAUACCCUCAUCAAGAGCUCUGGGGAGAUCGAUGCAGGCGGCAACAAGAUCCUGGCAGACGUGGGGCCUUGGCUGAAGGACACCAUCACGGCUCGAUUCAAGACCUUGCAGCUGCCGCUGACCAUCAAGUACAUCGACCCGACCUACAUGAUCCGCUCGGUGCCGGCCAACUCCUUUGACAGCACCUACUGCUCCGUGCUGGGGCAGAUGGCGGUGCACGGUGCUAUGGCCGGGUACAGCGGCAUCACCGUUGGGAAGAUCUAUGAGCGCUACUGCUACCUGCCCAUCCAUGCCAUUACGAACCAGAAGGGCAAACGCGUGAACCCCAACGGCCGCUGGUUCUUCCGCAUGACGGAGUCCACCAAGCAGCCCAGCUUCCGCCCGGACGCGCCGGCGGCCUCGCUGAAGCUGCCACCCUCGGAGGCGACGAAUGCGCUGGAGGCGGGGCGUGCGGCAGGGGAGGCCGAGGUUUCCGCGGGCAGCGCCGGCCCUUCCGCGAGCGCGCUGGGGCCGCAGAAGCCGCAGGCCAGUGAUUCGGCCAGGGAAGCAGUCGCCUGGCUGGGCAGCCGGGCGCGCAUGGACCGCUUGGUUCUGGCGGCAUGGGUCCUGGCGCUAGUGGUGGGCUUCCUGCACUACAUCGAGGUCUCAGGCUACAAUUGCGUGACCAAUGGCCUCUCCGUGCCAGAGCAGAAGGAGGUGUUUCUCAAGACCGAGAAUGCGUUUUACUACUCCUACUAUGAGGAGUUCGUUGAGGCCCCGACUUUGGGCGCCGCUAUGGGGCGGAUGCUGCGGGACGACCGCAGCGAGGCGCCAGACGUGAUCAACGCGCUGCACCGCUUCAACAUCUACCAGGAGGUGAUCUGCGGUCUCCUCUUCCGCGGCGCUGCUCAUUUCCUUGGCCGCGAAAACUUGGUCGACCCUUGGUACUUCUUCCGCAGCUGCAGCUAUGCCUUGCAGGGCCUGGGCCACGUGGCGCUGCUGCGGCUCCUGGCGGCCCUCACCGGGGACGGCUGGCCGGCGCUGAUGCCAGGCCUCUCCCUCGCCAUUCUGACCUUCCUGCACCGCCUGGACUUCAGCCGCAUCCACGACGUGGGCAUGCUGGAGUUGCGGGAGAAUUGGGCCAUGCCAGUCAUCAUUGCGCAGGUCUGGGCCAUGACAAAGCUCUUGAUGACCCACCCGGACCUUUGCGGAGAAGAGUCCUGGGACUUCCUGCGCUGGAGGUGGGCCUACCGAUUGCUCACGGUGGUCUGCAUCUUGGUGUGGCAGUUCUCAGCCUUUGCCUUCCUGCUGCAAGUGUCUGCGGCCUUCCUCUGCUGCCUGCUUUCUUGCCGCCCCGGUGCCCGCAGCGCCAUGACUGAGCUGGUGACCUCUCAGCUGGUGGCGGUGGGGAUGGCGGGGGUUCUGCUCUUCGGAAACGGCCUGCUGGUGCAGCACUUGCUGGUGACCCAGUGUUUGGCCAUCAGGGCGGUGCUGUGGCUGCGGAAGGCGCCGAGCUGGCGGCUGCUGUUUUGGGUGGAUGGGGCGCUGGCGGUGGGUCUCUUCCUGAUGCUGCGGAUUCUACAGAGCCCCUUCGCCACGGCGGACGAGCAUGUCUGGGAGCUCUACGCGAACAAGAUGCGGACCUUAUUCCCCUCCUACCUGUCUCCUGUGGUUCAGAAGGAGCCCACCUUCAAUACGAGGCUGUACAACGCGGUCAGCGUCUUUGACUUCAUCAGCUGGAAGAACGUGGAGGUGGGCUUCGAGACCAAAGUCUACCUCUUCGCGGCGGAGGCCCUGCUACUCCACGCAGGCGCCUUCUUGUGGCGGGUGGGCCGCAAGGCAGCCAAGGAGGGCCAAGACUACGCCUAUGCCUUCGCCUGUUGUGUGCUGCUGGUGCAGACGGCGCUGUUUCUGGUGCUCGGAGCCUUCAUCAGCCGUCUGAAGUGCAUCGGGGCUCCGUUCCUGCUGCUUUUGGCCUGCAGUGCCAGCUCCCCACGGCAGCUGCAAGUGCUGCUGGGCCUUGACAGCGGAGGCCGCUGGCUGAGGCUGGCGGUGAUUCUCUUGGCGGCCGGGGCGCAGCUGGGGCGGUUGGCCUUCCUCUGCAGCAAGCUGCCCUUCAUCGAAAACCGCCACGCCAGCAUCCAUGCAGACAAGGCCUGGCCGGACGGCGACCGCGGAGAGUUCUUCAACUGGAUGACGCGCCACGUGCCAAAGGAGGAGAUUGUCUUGGCGGCCAUGACGCUCUCGGCGGAGCUGCGCCUUGCCACGCCGCUGAAGCUCGCCAUCCACCCGCAGUUCGAGGCCCAGCAUCUCCGCGACCGCGUGCAGGAGCUGUACCAGUUCUACCAGUGCACGCCUCCCGCGAGCUUUGCGAAGACCAUGAAGAAGUACCGGUCCCGGUAUCUGGUUCUCGAGUUCAAGCGCUGCAGCUUUGGGCCCUUCCUCUUGGACAAAUACCCGGAG